CCUCCCUCUUCCAAAACUCUCUUUCUCUCCUCCUCCUUCAUCUUCGUCUUCUUAUAAAUGUUUAGCCAUCGACGAAGAACACGAUUUUAAUUGUUCAAUUUGAUGACAUUUUGGGAGAAGGGGGAAUUGGGAAUUUUAGGUUUGAGCGUGAUGGAGUUAAUUUAUUAUAUUAUUUUAUAGGUUUUUGGGAGGUUUCAAUUGAAUCGUGAAGAUGACAAGCGUCCAACCUCUGCAACAAAAAUCCGAUUCUAGAGACGAUGCUCGCGCCGAGUUCGAGCGAGGUUUCGAGGAGUUCAUGCGCGGUCACUUGGACGACUGCAUCUCAUUCGGUGAAGACGAGGACGACCACGACGGUGAUGAUCAGCUCGUGAGGAGGAGACAGAGGUCUCAGCUCGAAGGCGAAUCAUCCAGAAGGCGCCAAUCUCAGAUUCUCAGCCGCUGGGCCGCGAGGCAGGCUCAGGAGAUGAUCACCACCAUCGAGAGGAGGAACCGCGAGUCCGAGCUGAUCGCGCUCGCCGGAUUGCAGACGGUAUCAAUGCUCGAUUCGUCUUUUCUCAGGGAGUCUCAGUCUACUACGAGGCGUCAAGGUGGUGCUACGGAGAGGCCGAGGACGCAAGCGUCUGGGAUCUUGCGAAUGUGGAGGGAGCUGGAGGACGAGCACGUGAGGUCACGUGAGAGGUUGAGGCAUCAGAGGAGUGUUGAGUCUAAUAAUAAUACUAAUCUGUCUAGCUCUAUUGCUUCCGAGAACAAUGAGAGUGAGAGUGAGAACGAGUAUGGAUCUUGGUCACGUGAUCGGCACGAGCGUGGGGAUAAUAACAAUAAUAAUAAUAAUAAUUCGAGUAGGGAACAGUCUCCUGAUCUUGGAGAUGGCGAGAGGGAGAGGGUGAGGCAUAUUGUCCGUGGAUGGAUGGAGAGUGGGAUUAAUGAUCAUUCCUCUAAUGUGAGGCAGAGGGAGAAUAAUAACAAUCGUAGAGGGGAGUGGCUGGGCGAUACUGAGCGGGAGAGAGUCAGGGUUAUAAGGGAGGUGAUGCAAGUGACGAGUCAACAAAGAGGAGGAGGAGGAGGAGGAGGAGCUCAGGGGUCUCUUGCUGCCCUAGAAGCUGAUGAGACGGUCCGUGUAGUGUCAGGUGCUAACCGUGAAGAAGGGCAACAACCUCAGCAUGUUCGUCGAGACUUGCGGAGACUAAGAGGAAGGCAGGCGUUACUUGAUUUGCUCAGCAGAGCUGAAAGAGAGAGGCAGCGGGAACUUCAGGGCUUGUUGGAGCAUCGUGCAGUGUCUGAUUUUGCUCACCGCAACCGGAUUCAGUCGCUUCUUAGAGGAAGAUUCUUAAGGAACGAGAGACCUGCAGAUCGAGAGAGAACUCCAUCAACGGCUUCUAGGGAACUUCUUCAGCUAAGAGAAAGACAGACUGUUUCCGGUUUGAGGGAAGGGUUCCAUAACGGGAGGGAUAGUAUUGUCCGUGAAAAUAGUAGCGACACUGAUAACAAUAGUACAAGUGCUUUAACAAUUGCUGUCACCGCUCAGCAUAUAACCGAUGAUAGUUCAACAACUUCAUCUAGACAAGGGAAUAACAGUCCCCUCUUGCAUGACGACUCGGGUAGGUCGGAAAGCAACCUAGCAAAUGAAGUUAGAGAUUGGGAAGGGGGUACCGAUCAAAUAAGGGUUUGGCAGGAUGAUGCCACAGCAGACGAGAGGCUAGAUUUGCAGCAAACAACGUUGACACAAUCUAACGGUUGGGGAAAUGGUAAUGCAGAUAUAAACAAUGAUGAAACCUCCGUCAGGGACCUACACCGAGAAGCCUCUGGAAUUACAGAUGAUGAAGAUCACACACAAGAAGAAGGACAUGGUGUUUGGCAUGAGGACCCCCCUAGACAAUCAAAUGGGAACUGGACUGAGACACGGUCAGAAGCCCCAAGGACUCGCCGUGUAGUGCCAUUGAGAAGAUUAAGUAGGUUCCAUCCACCUGAGGAUGACAAUAUUUACAGCAUGGAACUCAGGGAGCUCCUAGGCAGGAGAAGUGUUUCUAAUCUACUAGACAGUGGAUUCCGUGAAAGUUUGGAUCAACUGAUACAAUCAUAUGCUGAAAGGAGAGGUCACACUCAUGAUGACUGGGAUCUUCACGAUAACCUGCAAACAGCAAUCCCAGAUUCUCCAGAGCGUGACAGAGACCACCAAGUAUUUGUACAGAACGAUACUCAGCUUAAUGACAUCAAUGGUCCACAAAUGCUUCCCACCCCACCCGUGCCACCACCCCAGCCAAUAUGGCACCACUCUAGCUGGUCUCGCCACUCUAUGCAUCGGUCUGAAAUGGAAUGGGAGGUAAUGAACGACUUAAGAGGAGACGUAGCAAGACUGCAGCAAGGAAUGAGCCAGAUGCAGAGGAUGCUCGAAGCCUGCAUGGAUAUGCAGUUAGAGCUGCAGCGUUCAGUUAGACAAGAAGUCUCCGCAGCCUUAAACCGAUCUGCUGGUGACCAAGGUAUGAGCGCGGAAACAUCAGAAGAUGGAUCAAGAUGGAUCCAUGUAAGGAAAGGGACUUGUUGCGUCUGCUGUGACAACCACAUUGAUGCUCUCUUGUACAGAUGUGGGCACAUGUGUACUUGCUCACAAUGUGCGAACGAGCUCGUAAGAAAUGGAGGGAAAUGCCCUCUUUGUAGAGCACCAAUCAUGGAGGUAAUCAGAGCCUACUCCAUUUUAUAGAGAGUUUGCAAGGUGAGAAGAAGGUACAUAGAAGACAUGAAGCAGCAUAAAGGAAAGUCCGAGUGAGAAACAUGUUCAAUUUUGAGGUUAAUGAUUAUAUUUAUAUGUAUGUAGUUGUAGUUCCUUUCUCAAAUCCAUAUUUGAUGUGUACAGUUCUAAAUUAAACAAAACUAAAUUACCCAAAAGUCAGAAAUGGAAAGACUGAUUUGUACU